CGCUUGAGUGAUGUAUGAUUGUGUGCGCUUUGUGUAUAGCACAGUGAAUGUAUGUGUAGCUUGUAUUUACUAUUUUCAACGUUUUUGCCGUAAAAAUAAGGAAUUUUUAAAAUUAAUAGAUACUAAACAGAAGUGCAAGAUAUUAACAAUCUACUAAUCGUUAAGAUAUUAACAUCCAAUGAUGGAAUCUACAAAAUAUUGGCUUCCAUCCUCAAGUGAAGGGACUCACAAUAUUCCAAUUGAAGUCAAUAACUCUAAACCUAAAGAUUCAGACAUCACCGUAAUCAGUCAAACUUCAAUGGUGAACUUUGCGAAUAUAUUUGCUGGAGCUACAGCAGCAGUUGCUAGCAGUGGAGCUGCUGAAUCUGGUUCAAUGAACGGCAACAAUGCCAAGAACUUCAUGGUUGGCCAAGGGGUCCCUUCAUUGAACCAAAUAUCCAUACCAUCAGCCAACCAGUUGUCUAAGCGUGGAACUGUCUUCUCCGGUACAUUACCAGGCAUGGGAACCAUUAAUAACAUAGGGAUGGUAAAUUCUAAUGUUAUCAUUUCAACCACUACACCACAGAUAGAUAAUAACAUACAAUGUGGAUCAUCAGUACAAUCUAUGUACACUUCAUCUGCACCCAUGUCAAUCACUAUAAGGAAGGACUUUAUUGAACAGGCUGCUGCUGAAAGUGGUGUUACUAUGAUACAACACUCAAUUCCCACCAUUAUGACACCAAUAUAUGCAACACAGCAACAACAGCAGCAGCAACAGGGUGAAAGGUCAAUGACACGAAGUGUUAUGAGCGUUCCAAUAAAUCAAGUCCAAGCUUCUAUUUCAACUGAGAUUGAGGGGGAAAUGACGCACAAGUGUAAUGAAUGCAACGAAGUGUUUGGAAGUGCUGGUAAACUUAGUUUCCACAACUUUAAAUGUCACGCCGAGUUGCAUGCACGUCCAUACAAGUGUUCAGCUUGCCCAGAAAGUUUCUUAGCCCCUCAUCAUUUACAGGACCAUAUGAAAGCUGUACACUUACAUAAUGAGAAUCAAAAUUCUUCUGUUGUGUUUACAUGUAGUGACUGCCAAGCUUGUUUUAUGAAUGGUGGACAACUUAAUUAUCAUAUAUACAUGGCACAUACUGUACAAGGACCAAGAGCAAUACACCAUAAAUGUUUAGAAUGUGGGAAAAAUUUCAUGAAAUCAAGUCUUCUAUCGUCUCAUAUGAGGAACGUGCAUGGUGUGAAUGCUAUGGCUGUGCAAUCUAAUACUUCUGUCUCUGUGCCUACUACUGUGCAAAACACUGAUGCGGCGAAACCUUUUGCUUGCGUUGAAUGUGAUAAGAGCUUCAAAACCAACCCUUACUUGAAGCAGCAUGUUUUAGCUGUGCAUAACAAGCCCAACAAAUGCGAGCAGUGUGGAAAAGGUUUUGGUCGUCGAAGUGAUUUAAACCGCCAUCUUAGAAGCGUUCACAUGCGAGAACGGAACCAUUCGUGUUCUAAAUGUGGAUGGACAUUCGCAGAGGCUGGCAACCUUAAGCACCAUAUACAGGCCGUCCAUACGAAAGAAAAGAACUUUCAAUGUUUAAUUUGCUCCAAGCAGUUUUCCAUUUCAUCUUAUCUUAAAACUCACAUGAUACGAGUGCAUGGUGUGGAUGAAAGUACUAAGAAUGCAGUCCAAACAGCAUUAGCGAUCCAAAACCACAACCAUUUCAACCUUCAGCAACCAACAAGCACAGUUGUUGUACCUGUAGCACAAGUCAACCGAUGUUUUGAGUGCGGGCAAAUGUUUGAAAAUGCAGCCAUGUUGCAGCACCAUGUUAUGUCAACUCAUCCACAGCCGUUCUGGUGCACAGUAUGUGGGGAAGGUUUCUCACAAGCGUCACAACUACAGUCUCAUCUUCAAGUGCGCCACAGUGACAACAACAACAAUCAACAACCGACCAAUCCCAUUACAGCUGUGAUCCAAUCGACCAAUCAGAGCCAAGGUGUUAGUUCAAACCGACCAAUGGGAUUGGUUGGACAACAAAUAGAUUUGAACCAACUUCCAGAUAAUUUGAACAAAUCUUGUCUUGAAUGUGGGGCAGUUAUUGAUAAGACAAUAAAAAGACAUGUGUGCCAUGGGGUAAAGUUCCAGCAACAAACCGCUUUACCUGGAGUAGCAGCUGUUGCGUUAGCUACAGAGAGACCUCAUCUAUGUACAAAGUGUGGGAAAGGCUUCAAAACUGCCACCCAUCUAAAACAACACGUUAGAUGUGUGCAUACAAAUGAUAGACCACAUAAAUGCACACAGUGUUCAAAAACUUUUGCAAGAAUGAGUGACUUAAAUAGGCACAGACGAGGGGUCCACGAAAGAGACAAAGGAACCUCAAAAUCUCUUCGUAUGUUAAGUUUAAAAUGCACACAGUGUGGAGCGACCUUUCCCGAGACGAUACAACUCAAACGUCAUGUGUUAACUGUGCAUAUGAAUCAACUGCCAUGUUAUAAAUGUGCAGACUGCCAGGAGGGAUUUGCGGACGAAUCUCAAUUCAAAAGUCACAUAUGUUAUGAGGAGGAACGUCCUCAUGUAUGCCACAUAUGUUCGAAACGUUUCAGCGCACCAACUCAACUAAGGCGCCAUGUUCGUUCCGCUCAUAACCCAGGGAACCCACAAACAACACAUCAACUUCAUAAAUGUUUUGAAUGUUCGCGGAGUUUCACAAGACCAGUUGAUCUUGAGCGUCAUAUACAUGCUGUUCAUUUGAAGGAAAAGCCCCACAAAUGCCAUGUUUGUGGAAAACACUUUGGUCUUCAUGGUAAUCUAAACAAGCACAUACGAGCAGUUCACAUGCUGGAGAAGCCACACCAGUGUGUAGAAUGUGGAAAGUGUUUUGCUCAUAUAGGAGUGCUUAAGAGACAUUUAAGAGAUAUCCACUUUUACGACAAACGACCGGGUAGUAAAAAGAACACUGCAGCAAUCAUAAACAUACAACAAACACAAGAACAUGAAGACCAACAACAGACAGAGCAGGUCAGCCAUCUUAGUGUGUUGCAAGCAAUAGAAGCAAUGCAACAACAAGAACAACAGCAACAACAGCAACAACAAUUGGUCCAUUCCCAACAACAACAACAUGUACAUAACGUCACAAACGACUUAAAUAUGACGUCAUCACCUCAACUGAUUCAAGAAAACAUGACAAAUCAUAAACAGAAUUGAAAAGUUUGUGGUAAUGGGUCAACUCUGCCUAGGGCCUUACCUUUAAGGGAAUAGAAAACCGAAUUAAAUCAUGAAUUUGCACUUUUUGUAUCCUGAUCUUAAUUAAAACGUGACAUCGCUACAAGAA